AUGACGAUCAAAUUAUCAAUCUACAUUUGUGUUGUAUUGUUCGGUUCUACAUCAUGGUUGAGUACGAAUUCAAUAUGGUUGGAGCUACCAUUACUCACUGAGAAACUACCAGAAGGAUGGAGUUUACCGUCGUAUCUGGCCGUUAUCGUACAGACAGCUUCUAUUGGUCCAUUGGUCUACAGCAUCAUACGUAAAUUUUCAAAAAUAUCCAUUCCAGUACCAACUAUAAUUUUAACAUUACUUAUAUUUUGCUGUUCGUGUACCGCGUUGAUGGCACUGUUUUGGUCUCAGACUAUCUUCCUGUUUGGGCAAAAACGAUCUGUAAUACUAAUGAUCCUACUUUUUGGUAUGGCAUCAGUCAACGCAACAUCAAAUAUCCUCUUCAUGCCAUUUAUGGCUACAUUUCAUGCUUCUUACUUAACGGCGUACUUUGUCGGGAUGGGUUUAAGUUCUUUAUUUCCGAGUAUUAUUUCGAUUUUGCAAGGUAGUGGUAAUGAUUGCGUCGUUGUAAAUGGGACGUCAAUACAAACCAGUGGCAUUUUACAAUUUGGUAUUCCGGAAUUUAAUUUUAUAAUGCUUAGUUGGAUGCUUCUCGCUACUGCUGCAUUUCUUUAUCUGAUCCAUUUUAAGAAUGCUGAAAAAAAAGGACCAUUAACGGAUCAAUUGUCUGUGAAAUUAUCGAUGCCAGUUGACGAACCUGGCUCAGUUAGUGGUAGUGAAUUUAACACCCAGAGUGUUAGUUUGAACACCCAGAGUCAGUGUACUGAAACACAUAUCGCUGAAGACAGAUCGCACACUGAUAAGUUAAGGCUGGGAUUAUUGUUAUUUUUGAUGGCUGCUAUAAAUGCUCAAAUGAAUGGAAUAGUUCCGAGUGUUCAAAGCUAUGCAUCUUUGCCUUUCUCUCAGAAAACAUAUCAUUUUGGUUUAACAUUAUCGAAUAUCGCGUCACCGAUUGCUUGCUUUUUACCUCUUUUUGUGAAAAUUACUAGUUUAUCUGUAUUGGUAUCGCUAACGAUGGUUUCAACAGUACUAACCGGAUUGAUUGUUGCUUUUGCAGUCAUGAGUCCGACACCUAUUUUGCAAUUUUCUACAUGGGGAUCUGUCCUCAUUAUAUCCAUAGUGGUUUGCUCUGAAUCAUUGAAUGCAUUUCUUCGAACAGUUCUAGCAACUUUGUUGGGUGAUAGUGCAACUGACAAUGAAAUACGACUUUUCUGGGGUGGAGCAUUUAUGCAGAUUGGAUCACUUCUAGGUUCCAUUGCAAUGUUUCCACUGAUCAAUAUCUUUCAUUUAUUUGUUUCUGCACCGCCAUGUCAGUAAGAGAUGUGCCUAUUAGAUUUUUUAUUUCAUUGCAUUUCUUCAAACACUCUGUAUCUGCAGUAAUCAAG